CAAACUUUGUCUUACCUGUUGUUUUGAAUUUAAAUUUAGUUUCCAAGUUGUUAUAAAUUUCCUUUGCAAGGUACUACGUACUAAGAUUCACAAACUAAGCUAGCAACUUACUGAAUUAUACAAGAUUUAAUCAAUUAGUUUUCUUAAACUACUUCAAGCUCUGAUAUUGUAAUAUUACUCAUGUUCUUAUUUUGUUGACAGGUUAAGCUUACAACAUGGAGUCACCCUCUUCUUUGCAUAUAGCAAUGUACCCUUGGUUUGCUUUUGGCCACAUUACACCAUUCCUCUACCUCUCCAACAAACUAGCCCAAAAGGGCCAUAGAAUCUCCUUCCUCAUCCCCACCAAAACACAAUCCAAGAUGGACCAUUUGAACCGCUUCCCAGCUCUCAUUACCUUCGUCCCAAUCACCGUUCCUCAUGUUGAAGGCCUCCCUAUUGGUGCCGAGACUACUCAUGGCGUGCCUCAUUCCUUAGUCCCACUUAUCAUGACCGCCAUGGACAGAACAGAACCCGACGUUGAGCUUCUCUUACGCGAGCUCAAACCCGACUUCGUCUUCUUUGAUUUUGUUCAUUGGAUUCCCAAGUUGGCACGCAGCUUAGGAAUCAAAUCACUAGAAUAUAGCUCUGGAAGUCCCAUGACUGUUGCUUACAAUUUUUCCCCUGCAAGACAAGCACAACUAAAUGGUGUUGUUGGAAGAGAAGUCUCUGAGGCUGACAUAAUGCAGCCCCCGCCUGGCUUCCCUGAUCCAUCAAUCAAGCUCCAUCUGCAUGAGGCAAGAGCCUGGCUUAAGUAUAGGACUUUAAAGUUUGGUAGUGAUAUUCUUUUUCGCCAUCGCUUGCUUACUGGCUUAAGCGAAUGUGAAGCCUUAGGAUUCAAGGCAUGUAAAGAAAUUGAAGGACCGUUUAUCGAUUACCUCGAAACACAGUUUGGCAAGCCUAUGCUGCUUUCGGGACCUCUUCUGCCCGACCCUGGUACUAGUUCUAUGGCUAGGUUAGAUGAGAAGUGGCUUAACUGGCUUGGAGGGUUCGAGCCUGGUUCAGUAGUUUACUGUUGUAUAGGAAGCGAGAUCACCCUGAGCAAAGAUCAAUUUCAAGAACUGUUGUUGGGUUUGGAGCUUUCUGGGCUGCCUUUUUUGGCUGCACUUAGACCUCCUUCUGAGGUGGCCGAGUCCCUGUCCAUUGAGGAGGCGUUGCCAGAAGGGUUUUUGGAGAGAGUUGGUGGAAGAGGAGUGGUUUAUGGUGGUUGGAUUCAACAGCCACAAAUCUUGGAGCACCCUUCUGUUGGGUGCUUUGUUACUCAUUGUGGAUGGGGUUCAUUAAUGGAAGCAAUGGUGAAUAAAUGUGAGCUGGUGUUGCUGCCCAAUGGAGGUGAUCAGAUCUAUAAUGCAAGGCUAAUGGGAAACCAUCUCAAGGUUGGAGUUGAAGUGGAGAAAGAUGAAGAAGAUGGGUUGUUUACCAGAGAGAGUGUUUCCAAAGCUAUUAGGAUUGUUGCAGAAGAAGAUAGUGAAGUUGGACGAGAGGUCAAGGCCAAUCGCGCCAAGCUACGAGAGCUUCUUCUUAGAGAAGAUAUGGAGUCUUCUUAUCUUGAUGAUUUCAUUCGCAAGCUCAAGUCUUUACUGGACUAAAUCAUUUGGACUUUGCUUGUGAGUGUUGCUACUCUCUAAUGGAACGACUAGAGUUAAUCAAUAGCUCCAGCCUUCAUGUGUGUGAACAGUAAAUAUUAUAGUUGCCUCCUUAUUGUAUUUUUCUCUUUUUACAUAAUUGAUAAUAAGCGGCUUCAGCUUUGUUGAAUUCGUAUUUA